AUGCUAAAUGCGAAAGCCAAGACUUACGGAGCCAAGUCCUUUUCUAAAGGCAAGAGCCGCCGAGCUGACGACCUUAUGGACGCCGACAAGUUGAAGGACUUUAAAGAGAGCUUGCGACCGAUUGAGUUGUCUUCUAACGAUUUCGAUUCAAGUGUAGAGAUCAAUCUAGAAAACCGCGCAUUCGAUGAGGCUAUAGAAGCCUUGGCUGAUUUGGUCGAAGACGAAGACGACCCAACCAGUGGCUCCGGACCUUAUUUUGGCCUCGCUGACCCUCCGUCGGCCAAGUUCACACCUAUCAACGACGCAGCCGGCAGCAAACGCAAGAACGACACGCGCUCCUUCACCUUUAAGGAUGCUGCUACUAGCACUUCAUUAUCCAAUGCUAGCCUAGCCAAGAGAAGAAGACCUUCCCAGCCUGAGGAGAACGAAGGAGUUGAGGACGUGAUGUGGAUGCUAUUGAGUAAAGAGCACGCUGCUACUUAUUAUAAUACCGAGGGCGAGACCGUCUACUGCCACCUUACGGAAGAACAAUUGAGGACCAUCCACAAGCGUUUUGGCCACCCCUUAGCAGGUCGAUUUGCUGCUGUUCUUAAAAGGGCCGAGCACGAAUUUAAGCGAGAUUUGCUUUAUAACAUCCAAAAGUUUUGCCACCAUUGCCAAGUAUUCGGACGCUCUCCGGGGAGGUUUAGUAUUAGACUCAAGGACGAUACUGACUUUAAUGAUACGGUCAAUACCUACGUCGGACCUUUUACAAACGUAAUGCACGAUCCCGGAACCAACUUUAAUUCGGCAACGUUCCGAGGCUACCUCAAAGCUAUCAAAGCCAUCAACGACACAGCUGGACUUAAUAGCCUGGUUCUUAUACUCCUCGUUUUUAAGACCCUAUCGAGGCUGACGGAGCAAGAUCGACCUGCCGCGUCUACUCAAGAGCGUGCUGCUGCCAUCAACAAAGCUAUGAAGGAAGUACGAAAAUGCUACGCUGCGAAACAAGUUAAGGACGCGCUCAAAAAGAAGAAUGGCCCAAUUACGGAGCAUACCUUAGACCUCCUUAUUAGCUCACGGAAGUACGAUCUUAAUAUCUCGACCGUGCCCGACGAAAAGGAAGGCGAUUCUUACGUUCUAUUCACCAAGGACUCCGAGGUGUUGAUUACCGACAAGGAACGCCGGUGUGACGACCUUAAGCGAUUACCUGAAGGAACUCACGGAAGCGCGGGGUUCACAUGGGAGCUUAAGAGAAUCUUAAAGUAA